AUGGGUGAGUUAACAGUGGACGAAUUGAAAGGCACGAUGGUAAUCGCGAUUAGAUUGAUACAGGAAGAAGCAUUUCCCGAGAUCAUUAAAUUGAUCAAGUCCGGAAAAGAGGUUUGUGCAUCAUUCUCCGUACUAAGCCCGUUUGUAGACAAUUUAGAAAUAUUAAGAGUGGGAGGUAGAUUGGCAAGAAGCAACUUGCCAUACGAGCAAAGGCAUCCCGCGUUAUUGCCGAAAGACCAUACAAUUACAAACGCGAUAAUACGCGAAAAGCACYAUCAAAUAGGGCACGGUGGUACGCAAGCCACUUUGAACGCACYUCGCGAAUCGUUUUGGCCAAUAAAUGGGCGAAGUGGCGUUAAACGCGUAAUAUAUAAAUGUAUUACUUGUCGACGUUUAAAACCCGCUACGCCGCAAUAUCCKAUGAGUGAUCUACCUGCCAGUCGUCUUCUACCGAAUCGUCCGUUUCUCGACACCGGCGUGGAUUUCUGCGGWCCGUUAUUCAUCAAGGAAAAGCAACAUCGGAACCGUGGUCGCGCUAAAAUAUAUGUGGCAGUAUUCGUCUGCUUUAGCACCAAGACCGUUCAUUUAGAACUCGUGAAUAAUCUAACGACUGAAGCAUUUUUAGCAGCUUUGCGUAGAUUUAUGGCACGCCGUGAAAAAUGUUCAGACAUAUAUUUCGACAACGCGACUAAUUUCGUAGGUGCRGCGAACGAACUAGAAGCGCGCGUCUCACGAAGUUUGGUAAAUGAAGGAAUCAAGUGGCAUUUCAUCCCACCCCGUUCCCCCCAUUUUGGAGGUCUAUGGGAGGCGGCCGUAAAAUCGUUUAAAUAUCAUUUAGUUCGAAUUAUAGGCGAGACAUUGCUAUCUUACGAGGCAUUAUUAACAUACGUCCUCGAGAUAGAGGCGAUUCUUAACUCGCGUCCUAUCACGCCUCUGUCUAAUGACCCGAAUGAUUUGCGCACUCUUACACCUGGGCCUUUUUUAAUUGGAAAUUCGUUUACGAGUUUGCCAGAGGACGAAUACAGGGAUACACCAUCCAGGCGUCUGUCCCAAUGGCAGCACGUACAGCAGAUGAGACAGCAUUUUUGGAACCGAUGGAAUAAGGAAUAUUUGAACGAGCAGACGGUCCGUAAAAAAUGGCACAGAGGCACAGCAGACGAAAUAAGCCUGGGUACGCUAGUCAUCCUGCGAGAAAAUAAUUCCCCUCCACUUAAAUGGCCAUUAGGAUGUAUCGCGGAAGUACAUAAAGGAGCCGACGGUAUAGCACGCGUGGCGAGCGUAAAAACUGCCAACGGUCUUGUAAAGCGCGGUAUUAAACGUCUUUCUCCUUUCCCAAGCGAUUUAUAA